CCUCUGGCAGGACUUCAGGAGCCUAGAUCACCCCAUGUUCUGGCCUGAAGAAGAGCGAACAAGGCUCCUGCAGGGCACCGGCAUCCCCGAAGCAGUGGACAAGGACCUAGCUAACAUCCAGCUGGAGUACAGCUCCAUCAUCCUGCCCUUCAUGGAGUCUCACCCCACUGUCUUUGACCCCCAGCUGCACACGCUGGAGCUGUACAAGCAGCUGGUGGCAUUUGUCAUGGCCUACAGCUUUCAGGAGCCGUUGGAAGAGGAAGAUGAAGAUGAAAAGGGGCCGAAUCCUCCAAUGAUGGUGCCCGUAGCAGAUAUUUUGAAUCACGUGGCCAACCACAACGCCAACCUGGAAUACUCUCCCCACUGUUUACGUAUGGUUACAACGCAGCCCGUCGGUAAAGGACAAGAGAUCUUCAACACGUACGGGCAGAUGGCCAACUGGCAGCUCCUACACAUGUAUGGCUUCGCAGAGCCCUACCCUGGCAACACCAACGACACGGCUGACAUCCAGAUGGUGACAGUACGCGAGGCAGCACUGCAGCGUGCUGGAAGCGCAGCGCAGCAGCGGCUGGUCUCAGAGCAGUGGGACUUCUUGUGCCAGCUGGAGAUGGUGGGGGAGGAAGGCGCCUUCGUGCUUGGCUGGGAUGAAGUGCUGACAGAGGAAGAGCUGUCCACGACCCUGAAAGUGCUGUGCAUGUCAGAAGAGGAGUUCAAGGAGUAUAAGGAACAAGACGGCUGGGAAGACGACAGCAAGGAAGAGGAAAACUCUACCCUUUCUAAUGAAGCUCUCUCCAGACUUAAACCCCCUUGCAAGAAGCUCCUUUACGACAGUGUGCUGCUGACCCUGGAGUCCUACAGCUCAGACCUGAAAGCAGAGCAGGACUUGCUAACUAACAAGGAGGCUUAUGAGAAACUGAGUCGAAGGGAGCAGCAAGCUUUGCACGUGCGCUACGGACAGAAGAGGAUCUUGCAUCAGCUGCUGGAGCUGGUACGCUAGGAACCUCGCCACCCCUGGAGCUGUGCUUGGGAAGGGAAGCUCAGCCUUCAGCCAUCCCUUCCACUGC